AUGGCGGGCGUAGCCACCGCGUAUUCAUCAGAUGCCUUGACAUCUGGAGCGCCUGAUAACUCAUCGCAAUGGGAGUUUUCUGUGCCAAUUGGCAAUGAUGGUACCCAAAAUUCCUCACGAACACGAAACUCCCAUGAUUCGAGCGGCCCCCGUACUAAGUCCACUCGCACGCGCAAUUCGAAUGGCUCGCGAAGCUCUUCCGUUUCUCGAAAUAUCCACGCCCACGACUCUCCAUACUUGGCAUCUGGCAGAGGCCGACGAGAACAAAGCUUGAACCGACAUGGAAGUGAUAUCAGCAACGCGCGGGAGGCACAAGAAACGACCACUCGAUCCCCUGUGGAUGGUCAGGAAGGAACUGAACUCUUUGAGAUGAAUAGUGAAAAUUGGAUUCAUCGCGAUAAGCUAGCGAAAAUUGAGAGUGAGGAGUUACACCAGGCUGCUGUACUCUUUCAGCGGCGGAUGAGAGCUGGUAGCAACCCAAGUGCAGGACGUGAAAGAAGCCACGAUUCUCAACACAGUGGCGCGGCAUCGGUCAGUUCGCCAAAUGUAGAACAUUCCGAACCGUGGCCUCAAUUGCAACAAACUGGACGAGAUGAUCGGACUGAAGAGCGGAAUCACUGGGAUCUUCGCCGACCAGAAGAGAUUGCCGCCGACGAAGCGGCCGCUGGCUUUUACAGUAACCCAGGCCUGCGUAAGAGCUCCUCUCGAAUCCCUAUCUGCACAGCUAGCCCUCUGCCUAAGGGGUCGGGCCGUGACUCUCAGGGUCCUCGGAGCCGAGCAGCGACUGAUGAAGAGGAUGAGUCUCGCGGACGCAGAGCUAGCGAACCCCUCGCGUUUGAGAUGGAAUCCUCUACACCUUCCCCAGGAAGUCGCCCUGGCAGCCGUGGAUUUGGCACAAACACGAAUACUCCUGCUAAAAAGACUCCACCCAAGACCACAGGGUCAAGCAACCGCAAAACUUCUGCUCCUCCCACCAACAGAAAGACCUCCACCGUGAGAUCACGGGCAGUGUCGAGCAACACCUCGCAGCGCCCAACCACUCGUUCAGGCGAAACCCGGCCUACCACUGCAGCCAAUCGACCCGAGGGAGAUCCGCCAUGGUUGGCAACCAUGUACAAGCCGGACCCUCGUCUCCCGCCUGAUCAGCAGAUGCUUCCUACUCUUGCCAAGAAGAUGCAGCAGGAACAAUGGGAGAAGGAAGGCCGAACACCGAAUACAUACGAUCGCGACUUUGCCCCGCUGGCAGUGUACCCCAAUGAGAUGCCUCCGCCGUUACCCAAAAAUGAUGAGCAAGUGGAGGAAGAACAGCCGUCACAGAUCCCAGAAUCACUACAAAUUACAGAGCCACCCAAGGCUAAGACUCCCGAGCCCCCGCGGCCCAACACAAGCACCGGCUAUAGUACAAUGCCCAAGGUGCAAGACACGCCCCCGAUGGGGCUAAACCCCAACCCCAACUGGACUCCUCCAGUGGUCACCGCUCAAGAGAAGCCCAAGAAGGAAAAGGGCUGUGGAUGCUGUGUUGUGAUGUGA